AUGAACUUAUAACAUGUUGAAAAAAAGUAAAUAACACAAAUGAAAAUUAAAUCUGUAGUUUAGUUAGAUAUGUUUCGUAUUCCAACCUUAGUAAUAUUUUAUCUUGUUAGUCUCAUAUGUAUAUCGGCAAAGGAUAACCGAGAGGAUGACAAAUGGAAUAUUCCCUGGGAUGGCGACGAUGAAGAUAUUCCGCCUUAUAAAGGGCAGGUGGACGAAAUGACGGAUAUUGUUAUGUUGAGAAAGCAACGAGCCAUGCGCCGCGGAAGGCCACCGACGAUUCGCAAACCGAAAUUGCGUAUUCAAGGAGGAAAAAUAGACGAAAGGAAGAAAAUGUUUGACCCUAGCUUAGAUUUUGAUGAAGGGCCUAUCUUGGAUGACCUUCGCAACGAAACAGGUGGUGGCCGAUGCGCUAUUAAACACAUGAAGGGAAAAGUGGUGAUACCAGAAAAGAUCAAUAAAAAGAACGAACGUCGAAAACAAAAUAUUCGUAAAGUCACUAACAAGUCAAACAAAAUAUUUCGAAAACUACCAGCCGUGCUUCGCGGAGACAAAAACGAUAUUGAGCCAGCAGUUGAUCCAAACUUUUAUGUGAAAAUUCCUGUAAAACUCCAUGUUAUAUACUCUAGAUUCGGUGGUUGGAUAGAUGGAUCCAAAAUCAAAAAGACAAUUAAUCGAUUGAAUAGAGCAUACGAAGGUGUGCUUGGUAAAGUUGUUGGGCCCGAUACAGGGAUAAGAUUCGAGUUAGAUGAAGUCACAAGAACCGAUGAUAUGAAGAUGUUUUUCUAUUGUGAUCUCUAUUACAAGGAACUGAAAGCGAAAUAUGUUGUUGAACCUGAAAAAUAUAUCAAUAUAAUUACUUGUGACCCUUACCAUGACACCGCCGGCUGGUCCUCCUUCCCGCAUGAAGGUCCAGAAAAUUCUUCAAUUCAUGGAAUAUUUUUACAUCACGAGGCGCUUUUCGGUAGUAUUCGCUUUCCCCGUUGGAACCGUGGCAUGACCUUGAUCCACGAGAUGGGUCAUUACUUAGGUCUAUACCAUACCUUUCAUAAUGAAAAAUGCCACAAUGCCAGUCAUCCCGAGGAGGACGAUGGCGUUAUAGAUACUCCACCCGAGGCAAUGAUGGCACUCUGGUGCGAUGAUAUUGGUCGUGAUACGUGUACAGGACCGGGGGAAUCACUCCCCACAGUGCUUCCAUACAAAGGUAUAGACCCUGUGACAAAUUUCAUGAAUUACAUGGAGGACAAAUGCAUGGAGCAGUUCACAGUGGGACAAGCAGAGGUACUGCAAGAGUCUAUCAAAGAGCACAAGCCAACUUUGUUCUUAGUGGUAUUCUAUCUCGUCAGUCUCAUAUGUGUUUCGGCAAAAGAUGACCGUGAGGAUUAUAAAUGGAAUAUCCCCAGGGAUGGGGACGAUGAGGACAUUCCACCUUAUGAAGGUCAAGUUGACGAGUUAACGGAUAAGCUUAUGCUGAAGAAGCAACAGACAAUGCGUCGGAGAAUGCCAAAGACGCUACGCAAACCGAAAAUGGCAAGACCUGGUGGAGAGGUUGACGCGAGGAAGAAAAUGUUUGACCCAAGUUUAGAGUCGGAUCAAGGACCUAUCUUGGAUGACAUCCUUUACGAAACAGGAGGUGGUCGGUGCGCAAUAAAAUACAAUAAAGGAGAAGUAAUGUUACCAGAUCGCAUCAGUAAAAAGAACGAGCGUCGAAAGCUGAGACAGAACAAUCGCAAAGGCAACAACAAGAAGAACACGAAAAGGGUCAGUAAACGGUCAAUAUUUCCCGAAGACGAAGAUGAUCUGAAGCCAGCAGUUGAUCCAAACUUUUAUGUGAAAAUUCCUGUAAAACUCCAUGUUAUAUACUCUAGAUUCGGUGGUUGGAUAGAUGGAUCCAAAAUCAAAAGGACAAUUAAUCGAUUGAAUAGAGCAUAUGAAGGCGUGCUAGGUAAAGUUGUUGGGCCCGAUACAGGGAUACGAUUCGUGUUAGAUGAAGUUACAAGAACCGAUGAUAUGAAGAUGUUUUUCUAUUGUGAUCUCUAUUACAAGGAACUGAAAGCGAAAUAUGUUGUUGAACCUGAAAAAUAUAUCAAUAUUAUUACUUGUGACCCUUACCAUGACACCGCCGGCUGGUCCUCCUUCCCGCAUGAAGGUCCAGAAAAUUCUUCAAUUCAUGGAAUAUUUUUACAUCAUGAGGCGCUUUUCGGUAGUAUUCGCUUUCCCCGUUGGAACCGUGGCAUGACCUUGAUCCACGAGAUGGGUCAUUACUUAGGUCUAUACCAUACCUUUCAUAAUGAAAAAUGCCACAAUGCCAGUCAUCCCGAGGAGGACGAUGGCGUUAUAGAUACUCCACCCGAGGCAAUGAUGGCACUCUGGUGCGAUGAUAUUGGUCGUGAUACGUGUACAGGACCGGGGGAAUCACUCCCCACAGUGCUUCCAUACAAAGGUAUAGACCCUGUGACAAAUUUCAUGAAUUACAUGGAGGACAAAUGCAUGGAGCAGUUCACAGUGGGACAAGCAGAGGUACUGCAAGAGUCUAUCAAAGAGCACAAGCCAACUUUGUUCUUAGUGGUAUUCUAUCUCGUCAGUCUCAUAUGUGUUUCGGCAAAAGAUAACCGUGAGGAUUACAAAUGGAAUAUCCCCAGGGAUGGGGACGAUGAGGACAUUCCACCUUAUGAAGGUCAAGUGGACGAGUUAACGGAUAAGCUUAUGCUGAAGAAGCAACAGACAAUGCGUCGGAGAAUGCCAAAGACGCUACGCAAACCGAAAAUGGUAAGACCUGGUGGAGAGGUUGACGCGAGGAAGAAAAUGUUUGACCCAAGUUUAGAGUCGGAUCAAGGACCUAUCUUGGAUGACAUCCUUUACGAAACAGGAGGUGGUCGGUGCGCAAUAAAAUACAAUAAAGGAGAAGUAAUGUUACCAGAUCGCAUCAGUAAAAAGAACGAGCGUCGAAAGCUGAGACAGAACAAUCGCAAAGGCAACAACAAGAAGAACACGAAAAGGGUCAGUAAACGGUCAAUAUUUCCCGAAGACGAAGAUGAUCUGAAGCCAGCAGUUGAUCCAAACUUUUAUGUGAAAAUUCCUGUAAAACUCCAUGUUAUAUACUCUAGAUUCGGUGGUUGGAUAGAUGCAUCCAAAAUAAGAAAAACCAUCAAUCGAUUGAACAGAGCAUACGAAGGUGUGCUUGGUAAAGUUGUUGGUCCCGAUACAGGGAUAAGAUUCGUGUUAGAUGAAGUCACAAGAACCGAUGAUAUGAAGAUGUUUUUCUAUUGUGAUUACUACUACAAGGAACUUAAAGCUAAAUACAUUGUUGAACCUGAAAAAUAUAUCAAUAUUAUUACUUGUGACCCUUAUCAUGACACCGCCGGCUGGUCCUCCUUCCCGCAUGAAGGUCCAGAAAAUUCUUCAAUUCAUGGAAUAUUUUUACACCACGAGGCGCUUUUCGGUAGUAUUCGCUUUCCCCGCUGGAACCGUGGCAUGACGCUGAUCCACGAGAUGGGCCAUUACUUAGGUCUAUACCAUACCUUUCAUAAUGAAAAAUGCCACAAUGCCAGUCAUCCCGAAGAGGACGAUGGCGUUAUAGAUACCCCACCCGAGGCAAUGAUGGCACUCUGGUGCGAUGAUAUUGGCCGCGACACGUGUACAGGACCGGGGGAAUCACUCCCCACAGUGCUUCCAUACAAAGGUAUAGACCCUGUGACAAAUUUCAUGAAUUACAUGGAAGACAAAUGCAUGGAGCAGUUCACAGUGGGACAAGCAGAGGUACUGCAAGAGUCUAUCAAAGAGCACAAGCCAACUUUGUUCUUAGUGGUAUUCUAUCUCGUCAGUCUCAUAUGUGUUUCGGCAAAAUAUAACCGUCUGGAUUAUAAAUGGAAUAUCCCCAGGGAUGGGGACGAUGACGACAUUCCACCGUAUGAAGGCCAAGUGGACGAGUUGACUGAUAAGCUUAUGCUGAAGAAGCAACAGGCAAUGCGUCGUAGAAUGCCAAAGACGCUACGCAAACCGAAAAUGGCAAGACCUGGUGGAGAGGUUGACGCGAGGAAGAAAAUGUUUGACCCAAGUUUAGAGUCGGAUCAAGGACCUAUCUUGGAUGACAUCCUUUACGAAACAGGAGGUGGUCGGUGCGCAAUAAAAUACAAUAAAGGAGAAGUGAUGUUACCAGAUCGCAUCAGUAAAAAGAACGAGCGUCGAAAGCUGAGACAGAACAAUCGCAAAGGCAACAACAAGAAGAACACGAAAAGGGUCAGUAAACGGUCAAUAUUUCCCGAAGACGAAGAUGAUCUGAAGCCAGCAGUUGAUCCAAACUUUUAUGUGAAAAUUCCUGUAAAACUUCAUGUUAUAUACUCUAGAUUUGGUGGUUGGAUAGAUGCAUCCAAAAUAAGAAAAACCAUCAAUCGAUUGAACAGAGCAUACGAAGGUGUGCUUGGUAAAGUUGUUGGUCCCGAUACAGGGAUACGAUUCGUGUUAGAUGAAGUCACAAGAACCGAUGAUAUGAAGAUGUUUUUCUAUUGUGAUUACUACUACAAGGAACUUAAAGCUAAAUACAUUGUUGAACCUGAAAAAUAUAUCAAUAUAAUUACUUGUGACCCUUAUCAUGACACCGCCGGCUGGUCCUCCUUCCCGCAUGAAGGUCCAGAAAAUUCCUCCAUCCAUGGAUUAUUCAUUCAUCAUGAGGCAUUCCCAGGUGGUGAUCGUUUCCCUUCCUGGAACCGUGGCAUCACGCUGAUCCAUGAGAUUGGUCAUUAUCUUGGAUUGUACCACACCUUUCGAAGCAGAAAGUGUAACAAUGCCCUCAAUCCAGAAGAGGACGACGGUGUAAUAGAUACUCCCCCUGAGCUGACAUCUGCUUACUGGUGCGACGAUAUCGGUCGUGAUACGUGUACUGGACCGGGGGAAUCACUCCCCAAAGUGCUUCCAUACAAAGGUAUAGACCCCGUUACAAAUUACAUGAAUUACAUUGAGGACAAAUGCAUGGAGCAGUUCACAGUGGGACAAGCAGAGGUACUGCAAGAAUCUAUCAAAGAGCGCAAGCCAACUUUGUGCACGAAGAAUAACUGUCAAAAGGCGAGUAAACAACAGAAGAAAAAGAAAGGAAAAGGAAAUAAAAAGAAAAAUGUGUAA